AUGUGCUUGUUGAAAUCAACUGGAGUAUCCCUCAUCCUGUCCAUACUUCUAUUCAUCGCAGACUCUUACCCAAGCAGCGACAAGACAAACAUGGGUUGUGAGGAAUGCACACUGAAACCGAACACAAUAUUCCCCAACAUCAUGCAGUGUACAGGUUGCUGCUUCUCCAGAGCUUCUCCAACCCCACUACGGUCAAAGCAAACCAUGCUGGUCCCCAAGAACAUCACCUCUGAAGCCACAUGCUGCAUUGCAAAAGAAGGGGAAAGGGUCACCACCAAGGAUGGCUUACCGGUGACGAAUCACACAGUGUCACUGCAGCACCUGUUGUUACCAUAA